AAGUAUGUCAAAAUUAAAUAGAUAAAAUCAGAAUUCACACCUAAGCAGAAAAGCAUUUCUCAACCAUCACAAAAGAAGAAAAAAAAAAAACAGCUAUUGUAACCCAACAGAUUUAGAUCCAACAACAUAAGAGGCAAGCACGUAUAUAUAAUCCAAUUUCAACUUUUAUUAAGUCAGCGAAAAAUACUUUGUAACACCCUCUUUUUAUUUUUAUUAAAAAAUUAUAAUAUAUGCUUUGCUGUCACUACAACUUUGGUUUUAGUUGUCAAAAUUCACAUGAUUCUCACUUGCAUCAUUCAAAAUAAAAAGCUUAAUAUCAUCAACAAAGAAGAAUCAAGAACAACUACCUCAAUCACGGGAUUCCCUUUUCUUUGCAACCAUUUUUAUUUUUUUACUUUCCUUAUUUUUUUUUCAAUAACGUACUUCAUCAUUCAUUGCUAUUGAAAACAGCAAAAAAUUGUUCUUUCUGCUUCUGAUAAGUGCUUUUGAGUAAAAAAAAAAAAAGUGCUUUUGAGUUUUGAAUCUCCAACAUGGAUAUUUCUAGUUCACACAGAAAGAGAACUUUGCUUAAGGUUAUUGUCCUUGGAGAUAGUGGGGUUGGGAAGACAUCAUUGAUGAACCAAUAUGUUUAUAAAAAGUUUAGCCAACAGUAUAAAGCCACAAUUGGUGCAGAUUUUGUUACAAAGGAGAUAUUAGUUGAUGACAAACUUGUAACUUUGCAAAUUUGGGAUACUGCAGGACAAGAAAGGUUCCAUAGUCUUGGAGCUGCAUUUUAUAGAGGGGCAGAUUGUUGUGUUUUGGUAUAUGAUGUAAAUGUACAGAAAACAUUUGAUACAUUAAACAAUUGGCAUGAUGAUUUUCUUAAGCAGGCAGAUACAGGAAAUCCUGAUGCAUUUCCCUUUGUAUUACUUGGGAACAAGAUUGAUAUAGAUGGUGGAAACAGUAGAAGGGUUACAGAGAAGAAAGCUAGGGAAUGGUGUGCUUCUAGGGGUAACAUACCAUAUUUUGAGACUUCUGCAAAAGAGGGUUACAAUGUUGAUGAUGCAUUUUUAUGUGUUGCUAAAGUUGCAUCAGAAAAUGAACAUGAUUUAGAUAUUUAUUUUCGCGGAAUAUCUGAAACCCCUUCAGAAUCAGAACAACGAAGUGGUUGUGCAUGUUGAAGUUGGUCAAAGAUGAAUAAAUUUUAAGGAACAUAGCUUUGUUCUUUGGUACAGUAACUUUAGCUGAUCAAGUUGUGUUUGGUUCAGGUUCUAUGGGUUUCAAGAAUGGAAAACCCUUCUCUGUUUUUCUUUAGGUGAAAUUGUACUUUUUAAAAUUUGUUGAAUAAAAUUAUUUUGUAA